AUGUCUUGUAGGGAGUACACAAUCACGUUGCAGGACGUUGCAGUGCAGUUGUGGUUGUUAAUGGAUGGGGAGCCUCUGACAAGAUCACUAAAGUAUAACUGGAAGGUUAUCUACGAGGAUUUCUUGGGAGUUGUACCACCUGACAUGAAAGGUCAGUGGUUGAGUCUUCCAUGGUUGGCAGAACAGUUUGAAGAAUUUUCACCAGAUGCUGACGUUGUGAGUGUUCAGAGAUACGCUCGUGCAUACAUCAUGCAAUUGAUUGGGGGCUUUCUUUUUGUUGAUAAAUCAAACACCCUGGUCCAUUGUAUGUUUCUCCAAUUCAUAUUUGAUUUUGACCAGGCUGGUACGUAUGCGUGA